AUGUUGAUAACUACACCGCAGUUCCGCCCUUUCUACGCCGCCAACCUCCUAUCUCCGCCGCACGCAUUUUCUCAUUCUCUCAAUUUUUCCCUGAGACCCACCCGUCAGUAUUCCCGGUGUACUGCUCGGAAAACAUGGAUUGCGCAGCUAUCUGAAGAACCCACCACCGCCGCCGUCACGGAGACGCCGCAGUAUCCGGGUCAGGAGGGACCCAUCGAGCUAUCUCCCUCAUCUCCCCACAUUUUCGCGACCUCCGACGACCCUACGCCGCUCCAGACAGCCACCAGCGUCCUCCUCACCGGCGCCAUCACCGUUUUCCUCUUCCGCUCGCUCCGCCGGCGGGCGAAACGUGCCAAAGAAACGAGAUUCAGAUCAUCUGGUGAAAAGAAAUCACUUACUGAGGAAGCUGUGGAGAGCUUAAAAUCAGUAACUCUGUCUCCGGUCGGAAGCAAAUCUCCACCUUCGCCAAUUCAGGCGUUUUUAGGUGCGGUGACAGCCGGCGUGAUUGCAGUAAUCCUUUUCAAAUUCACGACGACCAUUGAAGAUGCUCUCAAUCGCCAAACAAUUUCGGAUACUUACUCGGUCCGCCAGAUAACCAUAACCAUACGGACGAUCAUCAACGGCUUGUGUUACCUCGCCACAUUCGUAUUUGGGGCUAAUUCUCUCGGUUUAUUUCUUUACUCAAGUCAGCUCGCAUUUAAUUCCUUCAUGGAAGAUUCUAGUAGCGAAAGUGAAACACCAUCAACAACAAGCUCAUCUGAUUCAAAAUCUGGUGAUAUUACGGACGGCUCUCAAAUAAAUGCAGCCAGUGAGGAUCAAAGUUCAGAUUAG